ACCGAACGAACCCAAUCACUGAAUCACCCAAGGUUUCCAUAGAGUUAACACCCACCCGACGGUUUUAUUAGGUCACGGCUUCCCAUAGCCAGAACUCCCACUUUCUAUCACGCCCUACGCCCUGCCCUCGCAAUUUUCCGGAGACUGCACGCAGACAUGGCGGCGGAGGGAGAGGAACAGCCCCUGACUUACAUGGAUGAGGUUGUGCUGAAGAAGAGGAGAAACAAUGAGGAGUGGGCCAUACGAAGGAAGCAUCAGCUGGAGCAGAAAGUCAGGAAGCUCAAAUCUGAUAGCUUCAUCAUCAAGAAGCCCGAACAGUUCAUUAAAGAAUAUCGAGACAGGGAGCUUGACCUAGUAAGAAUGAAACAGAGAGGUAAAAGGAGAUUACCAGCGUUCCCAAUGUCCAAACUGCUUUUUGUCAUACGUAUUGGAGGGAAAAAUGAUAUGCAUCCGAAAACACGAAAAUAUUUAUACUCGCUGAGGCUGGGGAAAGUAUUUGAUGGGGUAUUUCUGAAGGCUGAUGAAAAAUCAUUAGGAAUUUUGCAGAAGUUGGAGCCUUACAUCACAUAUGGAUAUCCUAAUCUCAAGAGUGUGAGGGAUCUGAUUUUCAAGAAAGGGACUGGAAAAGUUGGCAAACAAAGAGUGCCUUUGACAGACAAUAACAUAAUUGAACAGGCAUUGGGUCAACAUGGCAUAAUAUGCCUAGAAGACAUAAUUAAUGAGAUUGCUAAUGUUGGACCACAUUUCAAGGAUGUAAGUAGCUUUCUGUACCCCUUCCUUCUGAACAAGCCAGAAAAAGCAUUGCAAGCAAAGAAGAAACGAUAUUCAGAUGGGGGAGACUGUGGAAACCGUGAAUGUCAUAUCAAUGAGUUAAUCAGUGAGAUGAAUUAGCAUAAGCUGCGGUCUUUGUAUGAGCUAUCAUAUUUUGUUAAAUGCAACAUACACUUGUUAUCUCAUUCCUUGAGAAAUGUAUGAUCUUAAGUUUAUAUUGUCGAAAAAUUUCUCCAAUUUUCAGCUCA